CCUUCCUACUGAAAUGAGUGCCAGAAGUCAUUGUUUCUUUCUUUUUUUCUUUCUUUCUUUCUUCCCUUCUUUCUUUCUUUUUUUUUAUUCCCCUCCCUUGUGGUCAUUUACAAAUCUGAAUGUAAAACAGAGACAUUAUUCUUGCCUGAACUCUGGACAUUAUUUGGAGAAAACAGAUCACAUGCUGUGAUUAAACCUGUUGUUGCUCGGCCAGUGCGCAUUUCCCAGAGAGAGUGUUACUGUUGCAUGGUAGCUUGCUGAUUUUGCUUGCCAUGGAAGACUUGCAGCAUCAGCUGCUCAUUGUUACAGGGGCUCUGAUCUGUUUCUCUGCUCUGCUUAAAUGCAUCAGAUUUAUGAACUAUAUUUUCCCACAUGUUUGGAGUGCUUUGCCUCAGGCUUUCUUCCGGUCGCUGGGAGAAUGGGCAGUGGUCACAGGAGCAGGAGAUGGGCUUGGAAAAGCAUAUUCCUUUGAGCUGGCAAGACAUGGGUUAAAUAUAGUUAUGAUAAGUAGAACUCUUGAGAAGAUGCAGAGAGUAGCCAAUGAAAUCGAGCAGGCCACAGCUCAAAAGGUGAAGGUUAUACAAGCUGAUUUCACUAAAAAUUCAGUGUAUGAGAACAUUGAAAAAGAUCUGGAAGGCUUGGAAAUAGGUGUUUUGGUUAACAAUGUUGGAAUGCUUCAUAAUCCUCUUCCAUGCCGUUUCCUUAAUGCACCAGAUGUAGAUGAGAACCUUGUCAACUGUAACAUUAUUUCUGUUACAAAGAUGACACAACUAAUUUUGAAACAGAUGGAACCAAGACAGAAAGGUCUGAUUCUGAACCUAUCCUCUGGUCUGGGAACUUUCCCUUGUCCCCUGUACACAAUGUACUCAGCGUCUAAGGCCUUUAUAUGCACUUUCUCCAAAGCACUACAAGCAGAGUAUAAAGAAAAGGGAAUUAUCAUACAGGUAGUGGCUCCUUAUGGCGUCUCUACUCCAAUGACAAUGCACCAAAAACCUGGUCUUAUUACAAAGACUGCGGAAGAGUUUGUUAGUGAAUCACUGCAUUACGUCACUUUCGGAGAUGAGAUUUUUGGAUGUUUAGCCCAUGAAUUACUGGCAUGUGUUCUGCAGCUUGUUCCUUUAUGGGUACUCCACAGUGACAGGCUUCAAGAAGCAGCCCUGCAGGCAUUUACCAGUUAUCUUAAGAAGAGGUGGAGGACAUCCUAAAUCUUUUUUUGUUUUUUAUUUAAAUGAUAACAUGCAAUGGGAAACUCCAACAGGAAGCAUUUAACCAUGGCUCCGUGUACGUAGAAAAAAAUCAAAUCAGAUGGAAACACACCUGCAUGCAAAUCACGCAUCAAAAGAUAAUUGGAAAUUCUUACUGUCAUUCAUUGAAAUUCAUUACUGUCCCUUUCCAGUGACUUCUGUGCUUUGGAUAGGUUCUGUUAAGAGUUUCUGCUACUCUUACUAUUUUAACUUGAGCUUGGAGGCCACAGACAUUUAUGCUUUUUUGAUCUUCACAAAUAAAACAAUAAUUUGCUUUGUUCCCUAACUUGUUUACAGUUUUUUUAAAUGUUUUUACAAUGUGUGUUUUUUCUACCUGGUUUCUUCUGUAAAGUCAAGGAAGUCUGCAGGAAGGAAAAAAAAAAAAAAAAAGGAAGCUUUCAGUAUGGGAAGUAAGUGCUGGAACUUUGGAGAUCUGCAGCCAUAAAAUAUCUACUUCUAUACUGAGAUUAUCAAUGACCUCUGCAUUGUCUGAGAAGGGCUGGAAGAGGCAGGAUCAUAGGCAAAAGAUAGACUUAAUGUAAAACAAUUCUUUGAAUCAAACUGCGACUGACUGAAAGCAGAAAAUAUCUAGAAAUGAAAGUGAGAUGUCUGUGUAGGACAUUCAGCAUUGUUGAUUUGAAUAGCAAGGAAUAGAAAUGGUCUGUUCAUUGCUGCAUAAAAAAUGUGUUUACCAGUGAUUAAAUUAUGUUCUGGCAAGUGUGAUAUUUGUGCAGCUCUUCAACAAAUAAAUAUGGACUAUAUAUGACAAAUACUACAUAUGAGCCAAAAAAUGAAUUUCCUGAGAGAAAAGCUCAUUCAAUAAGAGGCUUGAAUAGAGUGCAGAGGUUGUGUUUGCCAUUGGUAGAAGUGCCCAUGCAUCAUAGAUUUCAAACACUGUAUUCUCUGUUACAGCAUGAAAUGCAGCACGUCUCUCCUUGCCUAUCUGUUCCAAAUACAUACUGAUGUUGUGCCUAUGUACAGCUCUUCACAUGUCUGAUUUACAUGCAUGAAUAGUCCCAGCAAGAUGAAUGGAGACAGCAACAUGCCUGAGCUACCUAACUCAAGUUAAAGAACGUUCUUUCAACCUCCUCACAGAGACAGAAGAUCUGUAUUAUUGCCACUGGAAACAAAUAUCAGUGUAUCUAAUAAACAGGAAUUAUCAUAGUACAGGAAUAGCAUUGGCACAACCAGAGCUUAAUAAAUGCUGGAGACUCCUUCCAAAGCUUAAAAGUCCUGCGAUCUAUAAUUAGGAGCAUUUCCAUAUUUCUUGGUUUUUUUUCAGAUUUUUUUAAGACUGUGAAUGGUGUGUGAUUAUUGCAGACUGUUGCUGAAGCUGAAUGAUUUCUGGAUCUUGUCACUUGCUGCUCUAUCUUGGCCACUCUGUUGGAGAAGACACACUUUGAACUUCUGGCUGGUUAUCUUGUAUAAUGUGAGGCUAGGAUCUUCCUGACUUGCACUCUCCAGGCAGCUUUUCCUCAUGUUGUAUUAGCAUAAGGCUGCUGUGGCAGGUUUCUCCUCUCUGGCCAGCCCACUGAAGAAGGGGUGUUCAGCCACUAGUGCCUGAGCCUGAAGAAGAAGAAAUUGUGCCCUCCUCUGCAUCUUGCAUGCCAUGUCCUCCUCUGAGUUCCAAUCAAACACCACCAAAGAUCUGUCAGCUGCUCUUGCUUUCAAAUGGCCUUGGUUGAGAGGGAAAUAGAAAUGGGAAUAAAAAGACAGAGCUGUUCCCUGCCUGGGAAAAGAGGAAUGAGAAGACAAGCACCUCAGGAUUUCUGCUUCCUCCCUAGCAUCUAUGUUAUGUUACAGUGAGUGAUAAAGUAUGAUACAAAUAAUACUGCCUGCAGCUCCUGUGCUGUUAAUUGGUCCAGUGGUUUUCUGAGAAUCUUGUAAGAGGGCUCAGCAUUGCUUCUGUUUUAUAGAGCAGGAAGGAGAGGUGCAGGGAGGCAAAAUGCCCACCUCAGGAUUUAGUCAGGGGUAGGAGUGUCCUGAGGAGCAGCAGGGUCCCAGAGAGGGGCAGUGCCUUCAGUCUCUGGGAUAUGAGCAAUGGAAUACCUCAGUGUUCCACAGCUACCUAGUCCCCAUGCCUCCUUCAGCCUCAGUGCAGGCAGCCUGGUGCAUCUACUCCUGGCUCAAGUGCCUAGUUUUUUGCCUAGCCCGAGCUUGCAAUGGAAAAAUGCCUAAAAGCAGCCUGCAGCCCCAAUUGCUGGGGACACAUUCUGAGGGACAGGCUACUACCAACCCUGGCCAUCCUCAGCCCUGAAGUCCUGGUGGUGACAGGUCCUUGGCCAUGGCUGCAGGAUGGGUAAGGACUGCUGCCUGGUGAAUGUCCGAACCAUCCAAUCAAGUGCUAUGGGGUAAAAGUGUUGUGUGAAAUGUUAGCACAGCCUGGCAGCCCCCUCAGGACUGUUUCCAAAAAGGGCUUCCCUGCUCAUGCCCCAAAUAAGCCAAAAUGCCAGUUUGCAGAAAAUCAAGUAUUUUUGAACUUUCUUUUAUUAUUAUAGGGUGAGGAGUCACAAAGAGCUUUGAAUAUGUAGGACAGGUUAGAUUUUACUGUUGCUUAAUUCUGCCAUUUUUUUUUUUUCUUUUCAAAGUUUGUUGAGUACAGAGGUUAUCAGUUAAAGCAAUUUAGAAUCAUGGGAUGCAAACAGCACUUGACUCACAGAUAUUUCUGCUGUUGAACUAAACCAUGCUCAGGAAAAGGAGACAAUCUCUCAGCAAAACAACUUUCAGUUGGUCAGUCUGCAAGGCUUCUAGAUUAAGGAAAAUGGGAACUAUUUAGUACAGGAUUGCCUUAAACAAUACAAUGUACUUCAUCAAUGGAUUACAUCAGUAACUUAGUAAAUUUUGCAAAGGUUUGAGCUGCAAAUCUGUCUAGACAAGCAAUUUACAGCAGAGGAAAUAAACUCCUAAACCACUGAAUACUAAUGUUGUAAACAGUCUGCUAUCAAGGCUGGAAAUGCAGACAGGGCCCUACUGUUCUGGAGGACCACCCACAAUGAGAAAGAAUUUGAUAUGGCAGCUAGCCUGAAAAACUUAUUUGUGAUAUACUGGUAUGUGGUAACAGCAUGAAGGAGAUGUCAGAGUGAGGAAAGCUUUGCCAAGGGAGCAGAUGAUGGUAUUGGAUUUGACAGUGACUGCAGCAUGCAAUUUGAAAAAUGUCAGUCCUCCUAAAACACCGCAGAAACACAGAGAAGCUGGAAAUGGCCUCCAUGUGGUUUCCACUGUGUCUUCUUUUCUUCUCCUUGUAAUGGCACUUACAAGAAUAACCAGUGAAUCAUAACCUGUGUGCAAAGGGCUGGUCCUUCCAUCCUCCCUUCCAUCCUCCUUUCCUCCCUUCCUCCCUCCCUUCCUCCCUCCCUGCCUUCCUCCCUUCCUUCCUCCAUUCCUUCCUCCAUUCCUUCUUCUUUCCUCACCUCCCUCCUUCCUUCCUUCCUUCCUGCCCUCCUUUCUUCCUUUUUUCCCCAAAAAGAAAUUUGAAUGAAAAAAAAACCUGACUAGCAUUACUGGCGACUUGAGAAGCAAUUACAUUCCUCUCUCCCAUUCUUUUCCCUCUGUCAUUCUGCAGACUUCAGGGCUGAACAGUGCAGAGCAUAAUGGAGAGCAAGGUAAAACACAGCAUCACACACCAGGCUCCUGACUUGAUUGCUUUGCUAGUACAAAUGGAGAGUGAAAUCCACUGGAGGUAGACCUGGUGCAGACUGUAAGUCCUUGAAGCACCAAGACAACUGAAAUUAUUACUUCCCUGUGAACGUAACAAAAAUAUGUUGAGCUCUCCCAGGAACAUUUUAAAGAUGCUAAGGAUAGCAGAAUUCUGUGAAGAGGAAUAAUGAUGCUUGCUACUGUUUGACUUAAUAAACACAGGCCUAUUUCAGCACAGACAACUGAUAAACAAUUUUAUCAUAUAAGCAACUACCAGCAAGAAAUAAUGCUAACAGCAUUUUUGUGCAAAAAUGCUUGGCCAAGUAGAGGAAGAAGCCAAGCUUAGUAUUACUUUGACACGGACAGAAGUGUACUUAGAGAUGAGAGAAGAAUAAAGAGCAAAUGACUCCCGUACCUGGAACAACAAGGCUGAAGUGGUCAGAGGGCUGAUACUCACAUAGACUCUGUUUGUGGUGAGGUGAUCAUUAAAGCAAUAUGUCCCUCCAUGGAGACAAGACAUUCACCCUGCAUCAGGAAUACAAAGGUAUGAAGACCCUUCCAUGGAAGACUUGCUAGCACAAGUGCAGGGAAAACUCAUUAAUAUUACUGCUAUUUAGUGACUUGGAAUACGGUGCACUGCAAAUGCUGGAAAAUAUAAUUCUUGACCUAAGAAACAUACUGUUUAAAGUAACUGCUUGGGGAAAAAAAGAGAAGGAGAAAGAGAAGGAGAAAGAGAUGCAGUAAGUAACAGUAUUGUAACUGCAUUUCAGAUGAAGACAUAGUGUGGAAAUCCAGUUUGCUUAGUUGGGUGCUAACAUAAUAGGUUACUUGAAGUAGCACAAAUUUGUUGCAAUAAAAGAUUGAUAGUAUUAAUAAGACCAAUUGAUACCUCUUUUUAAACAUCAAACUGCUGUUACUGAAGCUAAGAGAACAAACUCUUAAAUGUCAGUGUACGACAGGAACACUGACAUGUUUUCUGGGAACAAGGGGUACAUUGUUCUCAUUUCUGAGGCCACUGCUUGGCCUGGGACGGACCCGGGCUUGCCAGGAAUGUGCUCUACGGGACCAGGAAGGGCGAGGGAGGCGAGUCCCGUCAGCUUGAAGCCUUUCUUCUGAGUCAAGGCAAGCGCCCGGCCUCACCGCUAGCGGGAGGACGCAGCCACCUCACUAUAGCUUCUGCACGGAAAAUACAGCCAGCCGUGUCACAAAUCGACAGAAACUGUAUUUAUUCAGAAGCACACCAAACCCGAGACUUAGUCACUCGAAAAAGUAGGUUUGUAUCUUUUAUGUGCGCUACUGCCUAAAUAAAUGGGAUUAAAAUUCAGGGGGAGUCCUGCAGCUGUCUGAGCGCACAUGGCCGGAGGGGGGCACUAGGACCUCAGAAUAAAACCUCAGCAGACGUGAUCCCCUUGGGCUCUUCUGAUGUCGUGGUAAACUUCAGACAUUUAACUUCACCCUCCACGAGCAUGCACAAUCCCUUCUCUCCUCUCCCCUCUCCUCCCUUCGUCCUGCUCCUUCCCUCCGCUCCCUCCCUCCCACUUCCUCCCUUCCUCUCACUCCCCUGCCUUCCCCUCCCUUUCCCUCCA